UUGUGUUGUGUCGCACUCUGUGGUGGUCGCACUGUAAACAAAUUCUUUUCUUCUAUUUACAUUUUUGUAACUAAAAAAUACUUUAAAAAUUUAUGCUUAAGUAGGUAUAUAAUAUUUUUAUAAUUAUGCAAGAGAUAAAACCAUUAAAAUUAGACAUCUAUAAUGACAUCGUUGAAGAUUUCAAUAAUCUAUCAUCGUAUACUCGUAAAACAGAAAAUGAACUCAAAAAUAAAUAUAAAAGCCUGCCGUCAUGUACUUUGGGCAGUAUUAUAUCAUUGUUGGUGCAAAGAUCUAUGAAACUCAACUAUAGAAAAUCUCCAGUUAUAUCUAGUAAAUACCAUGAAUUAUACGAAGAACUCAUGAAAGAUAAGAACAAGGAUAAUAUAAUUUUAUGGUUAUCUGAAUCUCAAGGAAUAAGUCCAGCUCUUUUUGCUAGAUCAUUAUUACAAAAUGUUUAUAGUGAUUCAACUAUGACUAAGAAAUGUAUGAAAGACACAACACUCAUUGAGGAUAAGGACCUGGCUUAUCAAGUAUUCUUGGGAGUCAUGAAUGACAAUCAAUAUGGACCAUUUGCAGAUGUUAUUAAACAAUCAAUUGGACUUGAGUACGAACUCAGAUUAGAAAGAGAACUAAGAUUGAUGAAUAUUACGUUUUCUGAUGAAAAUAUGUUACGAGCAAGAGGAUAUGACAAGACUCCAGAUUUUAAACUGGAUAUACCUAUUGCAGUCGAUGGAUUUAUUAUAAACUGGGUUGAAAGCAAAGCAUUAUUUGGCGAUGAAGAAAAUCAUUCGGGUUAUUUAAAAGAGCAAUUACUGUGUUAUUGGAACCGAUUCGGACCAGGAUUAGUAAUUUAUUGGUUUGGUUACUUGGAAACAUUGAAUUCAACUCCAGAGGUCAACAACAUGUUUAUCUUACGAACAAGUUUUCCAGAAAAAUCAAGUAUUAUUCAAUAUAAAUUUAAUGUGUAAAACUUUAGAAAAUAAAACUAAGAAUUAAUAUGUAUUCAGUGUUAUG